AUGUUUGUGGGAAAUGCAAAGGAAAAGUUCUUCUAUCAUAAUACAUUACUUUGUUUGGUAAAAGCUUUACAAGACCAGAGCACUGUUAUUGAUCUUCGUAACGAUUCUUACGUCUGCGGAAUCAUCUCUUCAGUUGACGGGUUUAUGAAUAUUUCUAUGUCAAAUGUUGUAUAUUGUGAUUCCCAAGGAAAUGAGUAUUCAUUUGAAAAUAUGUUUAUACAUGCACGCAAUAUAAGAUAUGUACAUGUGCCACAAACAUUCUCAAUAUUGACAACUAUACGUAAUGAAUUGACUAAGACCAAACAAAAAAUUAUUCCAAAGAAACCAGUUGAAAAGUCAAGAAAAGCUAAAAAAGCUCUAAAACUUCAUAUGGAGACAGUUGCAUCAAUUUAA